AUGGCUUCUGGCCUCGCGUUUGGAGCAAGUUGCUCGUUUGGCCGUUGGGGUCAACGGGAUUAUGGGGGUCAUGGGGGUCAUGGGGGUCAUGUGGGUUUCGACUCCCUGCCGGCACACACCUUGACGAGGCUUUUCUCGACCUCGCACGGUGCUGACGUGGCUCAAUCGAAUCCUGAGGUCAUCGCCUCAGCUGUUCGACCAGGCGAAGAUGGGGGGGGUGACUAUAGUGAGGGUGCAGCAGUGGUUGGCGAUAACGAGGGUGCAGCAACGGGUGACAAUAGCGCGGGUGCAGCAGAGGUGGAGGAGCCGAGCAUACCGGUUGUGGCGAUGGCUGACAGCCGUCCGAUCGUUGUGAUCGUAGGGCGUCCAAACGUUGGCAAGUCAGCUUUGUUCAACAAGCUGAUGCGGCGCAGGGAAGCUCUGGUGUGCGACACCCCGCAGGGCCACAUGACCAGAGACGUGCGCGAGGGCGUGUGCUCCUUCUUUGGGCUCCGCUUUCGGGUUUUUGACACAGCAGGACUCGAACCCGCGACCUCUGCUUCUCACCAGGGCCAUGAUGGUAGUGGGCAGGGAGAGAUUGGUGGUGUGAGUAGGGUUAUGGGAUUUACUCCGAGCCUGUUGGGGAAUCUACCAGAGGCGGAUCGUGUGGCGAUGGAGGCGUCGAUUCUGCAACGAACGGCUGAGAUCACAUCGUACUUGCUGGGGCAGGCAGCAGCGGUGCUGUUUCUCGUGGAUGCCAGAGCUGGCGUUCAACCUGCUGACGUGGAGGUUGCUGAUUGGCUGCGCCGCUCCGUGCCAAAGCAUCGGGUGGUGCUGCUGGCGAAUAAGUGCGAGGGGCUGGGCGGCGACAGCACCGGCCUGCUGGCCAGCCACGUGGCUGAAGCCUAUUCGCUGGGGUUUGGCGACCCGGUCCCGAUAUCUGCCGAAUCUGGAGAGGGAUUGGAGGACCUAUAUGCGGCUGUGAAGGGACCCACCAAUGGACUGGCCCUGACUGCUGCUUUUGAAUUGGGUGAGCUUCAGAAGGGAAUCAGGCAACCUCGUGUGAUGCGAUGCAAUGCGAUGCUUUCCCUCCUUCCAACGGUUCCCGUGGGUGGUGUUCUGUGCAGCACAGGGAUGAGUCAACGCACAGACAGGGGUGACGACUCUGCGCCGCUGUCUGACGACAGUGAGCACUAUGUUGCGCUAAAUGGUGAUGCUGCUUAUGCUGCUGGGACUCUGGAUAUGACAACAUUAGGUGCAGCAGAGGAGGAGGAGGAGGUGGAGGAGGAGGACGAAGCAGCAGCACAAGCGUUGUUAACAUCCUCAGCAGCAGCAGCAGAGCCAGCAGCAGGGGCGGCAGAGAUACCCCUACAGCUGGCGAUAGCAGGUCUGCCGAACGUGGGCAAGUCAACGCUGGUCAACUCGCUGCUGGGCGCCCACCGCGUGCUGACGGGGCCAGAACCGGGACUCACGAGGGAUGCUGUGCGGAUCAGCAUCACGUACCAGGGCAAACCCAUGUGGCUGGUGGACACGGCUGGGUGGGUGAAGGCAGCACAGGCGAGGCAGAAGGGGCCGGUGUCGCUGGCUCGAAUGGACAUGGAGAGGAGCAUUGGGCGCGCGCACGUGGUGGUGCUGGUGCUGGAUGCUGCUGUGGAGCAUCGGGCAUGCGCAUGUGGUGGUGCUCAUGCGCAUGUGGUGGUGCUCAUGCGCAUGUGGUGGUGCUCAUGCGCAUGUGGUGGUGCUCAUGCGCAUGUGGUGGUGCUCAUGCGCAUGUGGUGGUGCUCAUGCGCAUGUGGUGGUGCUCAUGCGCAUGUGGUGGUGCUCAUGCGCAUGUGGUGGUGCUCCAAUCAGAGCUUCCCGAUUCUUGUUUUGAAACUUCCAUUCCCCCUUUUUUAUCUGCAUGUAUUCCUGCCAAUCACCUUCUGCCAGGUGGCGGAGGAAGAGAAGUCUCUGAAAACAGCUGAGAGGUCGCUGGCGCGGUGGGUGUGGGAGGAAGGGCGCGCGUUGGUAAUAGCGGCCAACAAGAUGGACGCGGUGGGGGGCGACAGGGACAAGCGGUGGGUGCGCAAGAAGGUCAGACGGGCCGUGCCUGUGGAGAUCGCUGCACUGCUUCCGCAGGUGCACAACGUGCCGAUAGUGUUCACGUCAGCACUGCACGGGGAGGGAGGCAAGGAGCUCAUGCAAGCAGUGUCAGAUGCGUACGACCGGUGGAACACCAUGCUGCCUGCUGCGCGCCUCAAGCACUGGCUGCCACAGGUUCUCAGGAAGCUUCCUGGAUCAUGCACCGCAGCUUCCGUAAAGAGCAUCGUGCAAGUCAAGUCACGCCCGCCCACCUUUGUGGUCCGAGUAACCGCUGCUGCUGCAGGGGACCGGUCUCUCGCCCGCUUCUUCUCCUCCAAGAUUGCAGCUGACUUUGGGUUUGACGGCGUGCCGACCGUGGUUAAUGCCGUUGCUGCUGCAGGGGACCAUGCUCUCUCCCACUUCUUCUCAUCCAAGAUUGCAGCUGACUUAGGGUUUUACGACGUGCCGGUGCGUGUGGUGCUAAGAACCAAGGAAGGCACCAGAUGGUGA